AGUUCCAGGUUAUGAUAGCAAUGACACAAAAGAAGAACGACUUGUGGAUAUCUUGUCACUCUUGUCAGACUUAUUACGAUAUUUAUAAAAUUUUUGCUUCGACUAAUGCUAGUUGAGCAUCAGCACUGUCAACGAGAUUGCAUCAAGGAAUUUCGUAAAAAUGAAUAACCUGCAUCGCUGUCAACGCGCACGACUAGCAACGAACUAUCAACGAACGGUGACAUACGAAUAUUUUGUUUUUCUCUUUCGUGCUAAACAAGUCAGUUAGAAAAGACACGACGCAAACAACGAAUUCAGACCCUUUGUUCAGACCUACAAUCGUUAUCAGAUCUAGAGGGCUGAAAAGCUCUGGAGAACUAUUAUUACGUGUUAAUAUUGAGGUGUUUUUUUUUUUUGUCUUUUCAAUUUCGAAGUUAUAACUCUACAGAUUUAGGUGUUUGAAAGAUCAAUAUUUAUGUAAUUGCAUAAAUAGUGCUUGCCCAUCACAAGCUUGCAGAAUGUCCUCCAUGGUAUGAAUGCAAAGGCUUUUCUUUUUGCUGGAAAAGUCAGUUAUUUCAGUGGGUAGUGUGUGUCUAACAGUGGCUGAAUGGGACUGAGUAAGGAAUCAAGGAGCAUAAUUCUUUGAAGGCAUGAGUCGCGAAAAGCCAAAGGUGGAUGAGGCGGUUUUGCCGUCGAAACAAGCUAAGGUUACAACGUUGUUUGGCGCUUCCAGUAAAGUAAAACCAUUGGAAUCAGCUAGCAUGGAUUCAGCUCAACAGAACGCUGCAGGUCCAUUAAAGGCCAAAGGAGCUCCAAAUCUGAAUGCCAUUCUUGUCAGCCCAAAACAGAGAGGGAAUCCACUGCUCAAGUCUGUGACCAGUGUUCCUUGGGAAUUUGAGGAUAUAGUUCCUGACUAUGUAAUGGGUAGAGGAACAUGUGCUCUCUUUCUCUCUAUUCGUUACCACCAACUAAAUCCAGACUACAUUCACGAACGCCUGAAAUUAUUAGGCAAGGCUUAUGAUCUCCGAGUGCUUUUGGCGCAGGUGGAUGUUCCAGAACCACACCAUUCUUUGAAACAUUUGACACGAAUAUGCAUAUUGGCUGACUUGACGUUGAUGCUAGCAUGGAACGCCGAAGAGGCUGGAAAAAUCAUCGAGACAUAUAAAAUUUACGAGAAUAAGCCUCCAGACAUGAUCAUGGAGAAGGGUGACAUUUCGCCACAUGAAAAACUUGUGAGUGCAUUAACGUCUGUGAGAUCGGUAAACAAGACCGACGCAAUUACACUUCUCUCAACAUUUGGGUACAUGGACAAGAUUGUAAAGGCUUCCAGCGACUCUCUCGGCCUCUGUCCUGGCUUCGGGCUUCAAAAGGCUAUACGCCUCCACACAACGUUGCACGAACCAUUCCUCCGAGAUGUCAGAAGUCAGCAAAAAUAGAAAAAAUAACCAACGUAUGUAACAAAAGACAUAGAAGGUGUAGAAAAUACUUUCAUACAUUUUACACAGUUUUUAUGCUUUAAAAUGAUGUAAUACUCAUGUACCUUCAAUUUACCAAUAGAUUCAUUGAAGUAUUUAUCAUCGGUUCAACGGAUUCGUUCUCAAGUAGUGGUAACUGAUUAGAUGUGCGUUUGCUAGCAUUCUGCAAUUUCUGGAAGAAAAUUAAAAACAAUCGAAUGUAAAAACUCUAUUUUUGUAUGUAAGAUUUUGUUAUCUUUCAUAGUCAUCACGUUUCAAAGUGUAAAAAACUAACGAUGCGUAAGUUUUGGAGAACUCAUAAGUAUUAUUUCAGAUUUCCUGAAACGUCAGCACAGAUAUUACUUGGUUAACCUAUAUACCUAGACUAUAAUAUAAUUAAUAGUUUAUCAAGAGCGUAAAGUGCUGCUGUAUUAAUUUGUUUUAUGUUCCUUGCAUUGUAACGCUAACAUCGUACAUUUGCAUGAAAAUAUUCAACAAUAAAUCUCUUUUUUUCUGUAAAAACUGUGAGCAAUAAAAAAAUGAACAAA